AUGGCGGCCCCGGCCCGCCGGCCCCGGGCCCUGCUCGCCCUCGGCCUGGCCCUCCUCGCCGCCGCCGCCGCCGCCACCGCCACCGACCCCUUCUCGCCGCAGCUGGGAGACACCGGCCGGUGCCGCGGGCAGUGCGGCCGCAGCCUGCAGCGCCGGGCCGCCGCCGAUGCUGUUCUCAACGCCUGUUACCGGGGCUGCCGGCUGUUCUCCAUCUGUCACUUCGUGGAUGCAAGCGCCGAGCUCAACACGACCAGAGCCGAGUGCGAAGCAGCCUGUGCCGAAGCCUACGGCAACGCAGAGGAGCAGUUCGGGUGCGUGACCGGGUGCCGCAAGCAGCUGCCCGAGGUGGAGGAGAGCAGGAAGGAGAAGAGCCUGGAGCUGAAACUGCCGUCGUUCUCCAUGCUGGAUUUGGUCUCCAGCUUCUGCAACGACAUCGUCAGCUCUGCCCAGAGCUUCAUCUCCUCCACCUGGACCUUCUACCUGCAGGCGGACGAUGGCAAAGUCGUGGUGUUCCAGUCCCAGCCUGAGAUGGAGUUCCCAGCAGCCGAGGCCCUGGAGAUCCAGCCAGCACAGCCGGGAUCGGGGUCGGGGUCCAGCCCUGGUGUCCCCCAGCCCCACACAGGCCCCCGGGCAAAGGGGGACAAGCCCCCCGUGAAGGAGCCGCGGGGCAAGGCCAAGGUGCAUCCCCCGGAGCCCCCGCAGCAGGAGCACGACUUCCUGGGCUGCAUGUCCAAGCGGGGGGUGGUGGGGUGCUACAGGCGCUCGGGCCUUCCUCGCUGGAUCCUGGCCGCCUGCCUCUUCCUCUCCAUCAUGGUGAUGCUGUGGCUCAGCUGUGCCAGCCUGGUCACCGCCCCCGAGCAGCACGUCAAGACCCAGCCCCUGAGCAUCAACGGGGACAAGGAGUACCUGGAGGACCUGGAUGGCCCCGGCCCUUUCCCGCUGCCGCCCGUCAUCACCGUCACCCUGUGCCCCGCGCCCGGCGGGGACGAUGCGGGGCCGCUGCCCCUCAAGGUCGACCUGGACAAGACCAUCCUGUAGGGCUCCCGUCCCUGCCCACCGCCUCCGCCUCCCUCUCACCGUCCCCACGGCAUCGCCCCCCGGCUCCCCACGUCCCCCGGGCCCCCAGGGGCAUCUCCGCCUCGGGCCGGGCCCAGCUCCCCU